AUGCUUAACUGCUUUGUUUUAUGGUCAGUGACCUUCUUCCUUUCGUUAUCGUUCACACACUGGAUCUAUAAAUGGAAACACCACAAGUCCAGUGGAAGGCUCCCACCUGGCUCUUUAGGUCUCCCUCUCUUUGGUGAGACAUUCUCCUUCUUCUCUCCUAAUACCUCCCUUGACAUUGCACCCUUUAUGAAGUCCAGAAUCAAAAGAUAUGGACCAAUCUUUAAGACCAGUAUUCUUGGGGAGUAUAUGGUUGUAUCUACUGAUACUGAUUUCAAUAACUUCAUAUUUCAACAAGAAGGAAGAUUGUUUCAGAGUUGGUAUCCAGAGACCUUCACUAGGAUUUUUGGUGUGAAUAAUAUGUCAACAUUGCAUGGAUUCAUGUAUAAGUAUCUAAAGAACUUGAUUUUGAGUCUCUUUGGUGUUGAUAGCCUUAAAGAAAAACUCCUUCCAGAUAUUAAGCAGUUUGCAAUUAAGAGACUACAUGAAUGGUCCUGCCAGCCUUCCAUUAAAAUGAGAGAAGAAAGUUCAGCGAUGAUAUUUGAUUUAACGGCAAAGAAGUUGAUUAGUCAUGACUCUCGUAAGAGUUUGGACAACCUCAGAGACAACUUCAAUGCUUUCAUUGAAGGUCUACUUUCCUUCCCUAUCAACUUUCCUGGGACAUCAUAUUACAAAUGCAUCCAGUUUCAUGCAUUCAGGGGCGAAAAAAAUGUGAUAUCAAUGAUGAAAAAGUUGCUAAAUGAGAGACGUAGAUGUCUAAAGGAAGGCCCUGAUGAAGAUUUCUUUAAUCUCAUAAUCAAAGAGUUAGAAAAAGAAGGGACACAGUUAACUGAGGAUAUUGCUUUUGAUAUUAUGUUUGUUAUACUCUUUGCUAGCUAUGAAACUACCUCCUUGUCUAUAACAAUGGCUGUCAAAUUUCUCACUGAUCAUCCUAAGGUUCUAUCAAAGUUAGAGGAAGAGCAUAAGAACAUCAUUAAAAACAGAGUGAAUCCGAGCUCUGGAAUAACAUGGAAUGAGUACAAGUCCAUGAUUUACACUUCUCAUGUGAUCAAUGAAACAAUGAGAUUGGCUAACAUUGCUCCAGCAAUAUUCAGAAAAACAAUGCAGGAUAUUAUGACUAAAGAUGGAUAUACAAUACCUGCAGGAUGGGCAGUGAUGGUAUGCCCUUCUGCAACUCAUUUGGAUCCUAACAUUUAUGAAGAUCCUUGCAUUUUUUAUCCUUUAAGAUGGGAGAAAACCGAUGCAACUGUUGGUUCGAAAUACUUCAUGGCUUUCGGCGGAGGCAUGAGAUUCUGCGUCGGCGCAGACUUUAGCCGGCUUCAAACCUCUGUGUUUCUUCAUCACCUUGUCACCAAAUACAGAUGGAUUGCAGUGAAAGGAGGGGAGAUUGUUAGGACUCCUGGCUUGAAAUUUCCAAAUGGUUUUCACAUCAACCUCAUUGACAGGGAAUGAAGCAUCUGCAUGCAUGGCACUUUAUUAUAAUAUAUAAUAAUAUCGACCUUUAUGUAUAUACAUAUGUAUGAAUAAGUGCAUCUGUGAAACUUGUUAACAGUCCUUGAUCCUCCCAUGUAUUUUAACUAAUAAAUAAGGAGUUUGGUCUGUUAUGAAUCAUAAUUAUCAAAUUCAAAAUAACAAAAAUACA